AUUUAAAGUGAAGAAUUUUAUGCGCCACCGUAAUAAUGUCCACUAAUAAUUUUGUUCUUGUGAAAUUUAUUGACACUAAUGAAAUUGAGGUAGUGUCAACUGCAUGGUUAUGCGCAAAUAAUACUAAAUGUGCAUGGCCCAAUUACAAAAAUCCAAGCCGAAUUGUUAAAGCUGUUGGUCAACAUGAAGCUUCAGAACAAACCUGGUCAAUUCAUGACGUAAAACUUCUUGGGAGUGGGCAUAAAUUUGCAACUUAUCGCGAAGCCCUCCAAAAACUUCCAAAAGUGAUGGACCAGUCAGACGCAAAUGUUGGGAGCGGAAAUGAUAAAAACAGGUUGUGCCGAAACAAGGGAAAUGCGAGCGACAGUUCUGGAAGCGAUGGGGACGACUCACUCAGUCCUAAGAUACCACGUCCGCCCAUGAUAGGCAAAAAUUGUUAUUUACAAAAAGCUGGGCUGAAAGAAUCAACUGAAGGGGAGCCGAUUCCAGGAGGGAAGUCUAGCAGAAAUAAGACAUUAAGCAAUAAUAAUAUGCCGUUUAAGCUAUGCUUAGUAAAUUUAUUGUUUGCAGCUAAUCAGGACAGUACCAUAACUGUGAAAGGUACACAACCGGAAGUUAUGGGUGGGAAUCAAAUAUCCAACGAUAAAGGUGCAGGCACGUCUUCAACAAGCAACGGCGACGCCCAACUCUCCAUUAUUGGGAACGACAACGAAUCACCCGAAGUUGGAAUACUUUCCGCUGCGCUGCCCAAAGGAAAUUCGAUAGGCGCUCAGCAAUCAUCCUUGGAAGUAGAAAAUUUUCUUCCCGGAAAUCAAUUUCAGAGUUGGGUGGUCAGAAAUAUCGCAAGCUUAAAAGUUCAGAGUCGUAACAUUCAGGACACCUUGGAUGCAAUAUUACUUCAUUUGGAUGGACAGAAAAAGCCCCAAGAUGAAAUUCGUCAUCAAAUUCCACUGAUGAAUAUGGAGGAUGUUAGCAAGGGGGCCGGCUAUUAUGAGAUUUUGGCCAACCGCGAGUCCCUGGUGACACUUUUAAGGCAGCGUGGUUGUAGUAAUGUUGCAAAGUGUACACGCCGCAUAUUAUCAAAACUUUGUGGGGAUCAGUUGGCCAACUGUUACAAUUGGAUCGGGUCAAGAGGAGGAAAAUCAGCGUUCUGUGAUGUAUGGAUGAAACAAGUAGUUUUCGAUACGGUUCGUCAAAGUUCACCAUCAAAGGCAGUGACAGAUGACGAGAUGGAAGCCGUAAUUAAGGAAUAUUUGAAAGCAGCAGCAAAACGGUUGAAGAAAAAUCAUUGUGCUGAUAUCGCUGGGACAAUUUCCGAUGGUGGAUCAGACUUUAUUAAUCAUGAGGAGUCGGAUGACAUAUAAUUUUUAACCAUUAAUCAUUGUUCUCUGUUUGUUAUGAUUAAUUGAAAUAAUUAAAAUGAAAUAAAGGCAUGUCAUGAACGGGAAAAA